GACUUUUACUUUCAACAUGGCGGCGCACAGGACGUGCUCGGAGUUUUGGAGUUUCUCCUUAAGAAACGCUCAAUUUUACUUUUUAUUGGUCCUUGUUGCCUUCGUUUUGAAUUGCAAGACAGUCUUCGGACAAGCGGUUACAUUGUCACCCCUUUGCGGCUCAAACCUGUACGAUAUGGAGACGUUAAAAUCUGUCCCCUACUGGACCAUCACCCAGCCAGGUAUUUGCUAUGAAAGUUGGGGAACCAAAGCACUCAGUUGCACCAUCAACCUAGCAUUCUGCAAAGCUCUUCCGCUCGACAAAACUGGAGGCCAGGAAGACAUUGGUGCUUCACAAGAACUUACAGGUGCUGUCGGAGACAAUCCAUUGGCACUUGGACAGAUCAGUCGUGUCAUUGACGAUGAGGAUGGCGCCCAAUUGAUUGUUACAUACCCCGAUGGUGAACUAGUCAACUGCGGUCACAUCGGUGUCAUAGUGUAUUUUUACUGCAAUGAAAACACCGUAUGGGAGGUACCAACAACAGGGGGACCAGGUGAAAUCCAGGGGAAUCCCCACGUCGUGCUUGACAGUAGUAACACUUCCUGCUUGUACUCCAUCGUUGCUGAGUACGCUGGUGCCUGCGAACGUCAGACCUCAAGCCUAAGUGCCGGAACCAUAAUAAUAAUCAUAUUUUUCUGUCUUCUUGCUGUCUACCUCAUUGGCGGAGUGAUAUUUAACAAGUUUUCCGGCACCAGUGGUAAGGAGCUUAUUCCCAACUAUGACACAUGGAACCGGUUACCCGAGGACGUUAUGCUUGGGUGUGGCUUCUUUUUCAAUUGCAUCACGUGUCAGGCUGGCACACAGACGUCAUCCCACGACAGUUACGACAAGAUCUAGUAAGUCCAAGACGCGGCAGGUUUUCAGAUCAGACGGGACUCCGGAGGGUAAAAAUCACAGUCAGACAUACAGACAUUUUCCGACAUUUGUCAUUUGAGUUGCUUAGUCAAGUUUUGUUCUUCAAGUUCACUGUAGUGAAAAGCAGUUGACUUGGGCAUGUGUAUUUGGUUUUAUCUGAACACGUGUUGUGUCUAACUUUCAUCCUCUGGGAUUCACAACUUGAUGUUGCCCAAGUUAGGUUGCCCAACUUGGUUGCCCAGCUUAAAUAUCAAAAUCUACGAUAUGAAAGCCCAAUUCAUAAGCUUUCUUUUAGUACAAGAAUCAUUCAAAUCACUCAU